AUGUCAAUGUUGGAAUAUUCAGCACCCCAGGGACGACUUCCAUCGAAAAACGUCCACAAGUGCAGACUGUGCCCCUAUUUCACCACUUCGUUCUUCUUUAUGACGAAUCACGUCAGACGCCACCGGUCACCUUUAUGUCUGAACGCCACAAUCGAGCCUUAUUACUGCAAAGACUGCAAUUUUGAAACACAAUUAACAGUUUCAUUCAAACAACACAUCGAUAAAUAUCAUGGUUUUAAAAGUGGCGCUUUUUCGACGAUUUUCAACGUACGAAACUACGUUUGCGAGAAGUGUGAUUUCCAAACAAACCUGUCGUUGACGUUGCUUCGGCACAGUUCGUUAUGUACGGGACAGGGUUGGUAUUACUGUUCCGAAUGUCCCUACAAAACCGAAACCAAAAACUAUUUAAAACUACACACAGACAAGCGCCACUUACACAAACGCUACGCGUGCGACAAGUGUCCAUUCAUGAGUACAACGAACCGAGGUUUAAAAAACCACAUGAAUUGUAUCCAUUUAGACGAACAACACGCCAAAUGGUACGACUGUGAAAAGUGUCCGUUUAAAACUAAGCUAAAAAAGAGUCUACGGAGACACAUAAAUUCCCGGCACUUGAAGCACGAGGACGUUAGGUGGUACCCGUGUAAAAAGUGUUCAUUCAAAGCUAAGACCAAAGCAGAUUUGAAGAUACACGUAAUUCGGAAACAUUUAAACGAGGAAGAAAUCAAGUGGUACGAAUGCGAAAGUUGUCCAUUUAGAGCUAAACACGUGUCGAAUUUAAAACGUCACGUAAAUAAUCGACAUUUGGAUGACGAAGAAGUUAGGUGGUACGAAUGCAAACAGUGUCCAUUUAGAACUAAGCACGAAAAAUCGUUGAGGUCACACGUGAAUACGAGACAUUUAGACGAAGAUAAAGUCAGGUGGUACGAAUGUGGGGAUUGUGCGUUCAGAACUAAGUAUAAAAACAAUUUGGGCAUGCAUGUCACUGCGAAACACGUAGACGAAGACAAAAUUAAGUGGUACGAGUGUGGCAGUUGUCCGUUCAGGAGUAAAAAUUCGUCGCAUUUAAAACGGCAUGUAACUCGUAAACAUUCGGAGUAA